AUGGGGUGUCUACAGAAACCACCGUCGUUCAAAGGGGGGAUAGAACUAAUGAAAGCUGAAGCGUGGGUGUUGGGCAUAGAGAAAUUGUUUGAAGUAUUUCCCUGUACCGAAGCUCAAAAGGUGCAACUGGCCGCCUUCUCACUUGAAGACAAAGAACGGAGGUGGUGGAUGCUUACGAGAACUACACACCCGAGGUUAACGUGGGAUAGAUUUUUGGAGCUGUUCUAUGACAAGUACUUUCCCCAAAGUAUACAAGACAAGAAGGUAACCGAAUUUGAAACUCUCAGACAAGGGAACAAGACUGUUGCGGAGUAUGAAGCUCAAUUUGCAGAAUUAGCCCGGUUUGAACCUCAUAUUGUAGACACAGAUUAUAAAAAGGCACGAAAAUUUGAAGGGGGACUACGGGUUGCUAUUCUAGACCGAGUCAACAUGUUGAAGUUGCCCACUUAUGUGGAUGUGUUAGAGAGGGCUGUUAUAGCAGAGGGAAACCUUGCUGCUCAGAAUCGGAUUUCCAAGUGGAAAGGGAAGAGGCAGAACAAUCAAUGGUUCAAGGGGUCAGCUACUCCACCAAACAAGAAGCAAAAUUCAGGGACCUCAAGCACAACCACUUCUACUUAA